AAACGACUGGUUCAUUGACAUCACGAUUCGUCUUUAUUUCAUUUUCUUCACUCCGCGUAUCUGUCGUCUGCUUAGAUUUAUAUAACUAUAUUUAAGAUGAAGAAAAAAACCGACGCUAAACCCGGUGCUGCUAGAAAGGAAGCAGAAAAGGAAGGACAACACAGCAAAGCAGAGUUUAAAAGCCAACCUUCUCAAAGCUCUUUGCUCAUGAACAUUGGAAAGUGUUUGCUUUUAAUCAUCAUCAUCCCGCCAUUCCUGAACUAUGCAUCGCUGCAAAGAGAAGGACAGAUGCUGCUGCCAAAAGAUGGGCAGAUUGUAGAUGUCGGCUUGGGUCAACAGAUGCAUCUCUUGUGUAAAGGACAGGGAAAACCAGUUGUUAUACUAGAUGCACCCACUGGAAUGUCCUCAGACAUUUGGUUUUAUGUCCAAGAGAGUGUUGCCACGUUCACAAAGGUUUGUACCUACGACCGAAUGGGAUUGGGUUUUAGCAAGCGUCUGAUGCAGAAUGAAACCAUGGGAACUGAGAAAGUUUGGGGCGUUUCUACAACUGGACGGAUGGUGGACGAUCUGCACCGCUUGCUGCUUGCCGCCGAGAUUACCAUGCCUUUAAUAUUGGUUGGCUCAGAGAUUGGCACGCUCAACAGCAGGUUCUACAGUCACAUACAUGAUGCGCAAGUAACAGACCUGGUGUUGAUAGAUCCUAUUCCAGAAGACAUUUUUGAAGAGGAGCAGUGGAAAGACUACUGGUAUGGUAAGCUGCUGCCAUCCCUUCAAGCCAAGCAGUUUUCAGCAGCUUCCGGGCUGAGCCGCUUGCUGAUUAUCCUGGGAGCCAUUGAACCAACUAUCAAAGAAAAUGUCUCAGAGGAGAUCAUCCAGAGGCAGAAAUACCUUUUAAGUAACCCUGCCCAUCAGAGUAGUGCUGUGGAUGAACAUUACUUUCUGAAUGAAAGUGCAGCUCAAGUAAGGGACAUUACACGAUAUAAGCCCCUCUCAAGCAGGACCUCUGUAAGUGUGAUCACUGGGGAUUCCUUUGACCAGCAAAUCCCAAAUCACCUAAAUCAAAUGGUAUCUAAGCUUCAAAAGAAGUUUCUGGAGGAGUCCUACCCAUCAGUCGAUCACGUUCACAUAAAAGGAGUAGACCGUCGAAUGAUCUACAAGAAGCCAUCUGCCAUCAGCCAGUACCUCAAGAAGCUAGUCAGCCAGCGACAAGCCAAACAGCACAGCCACUGACCCACGGCCAAGAUAUAAAUAUAAAAGAAACUGUAUGAAAUGUUGUAUAAUUACCCUGGAAAACAUUCAAGAUAUCGUUUUGCUUCCCCCCUCCAGCAUAAUGUCCAGAUUAUCUACAAGACCAGUGAAGAUUGUCAUGUAGUCAAUUUUACAUUUUUUUUUUCACCCCCGCAACUACUUUUGCUAUGUUGCGAGCUUCAGUUGGGGAUAACUGGAGGGUAUUCAGUUUGAUAAAAUAUUUGCUGUCUUCAUUGGACUCAGGAAAUCUUAUCAUCUGUUGUUAUUCCAGUCCCUGAUUGGCCAAUACCAGAAAUAAGCAUUUGCUUCUUAUCAUUGAAAUGGCCACACACUUCAUUGCUCAACCUGAUAUUUUGACAUCAUGCAGUUGUGUUAAUAUGCUGAAAUGAAAUAACCAUAGGCUAAAGUAUGUACAGCGGAUACAUUAAGUCUAGACACGUUUUCAAAUGCCAGGUUAAAAGAUUAGAUGCAGACAAAUCAUUUUAAAACUUUCCACCAUUGUGAUCCAGAGCCUGUACAACAGAAUCCCCCCCCCCCCCACCUCCCCUACCCUCCUAAGGACAAGAGAUAUAACUGUUAAAGUUGCAGUUGCAGAAGUGUACACACCCUUUUAAAACUGGAUGUGAUUUGCUCAGAAACAACUAAAGACAUUCAAACUUGUGUUAAAUUAGUCAGCACACACCUGCUACCAUUUAAAGUGGCAUUGAUAAAUCUCAAAUAAAGCCAAGAUUUUCUAGUAAAAAACAACAAACACCGGAAAUCUCACACAGGUACGUGAAAAAUUUGUUACGGUUCAAUGGGAAAAGCUUACAGGAGCACUUGAUCUAUUUAGGGUUAAUCAGAGGCACUCUAAAUGGGUGUGCUGACUCCCAUUUAGAAUGAUUUUGACUGCCACAUUCACAAUUAUAAGAGACACUUGUCCAGCAACACUAUCUGUUUUCCUUGUCCCUGUAAAAGAUUUGUUUUCAUUGAGUUGUACAGCUUACAGCUCACAUAAAUGGUGGAAACAGUUUUUACAUACUUUUCUUGAUUUGAUAAUAUCACGCCACAAGUCGAGAUGGAUAAUUGCAUUCACUAAUUUAACAGAAUUUAACAGAAUAAAUAUUGUGAAUUUUUGUACUGCAAUUGUUUUGUUUACAAUUUAAGAUGUAAAUGAACUUAUCGCAAACAAAAGCUGAAUGUGUGAAAAAAAGCAGACAUCAGUAGUUCAUCCUGAGGAUUUAAGUUUAAUUAUGACACCACAUCAAAAUAAAAAUUUCCAACAGA